UCUGUCUCUAGAGUUAUUUUUUAACCCAGUGUUAAAGGUGGAGUCCGGUUUUGAUUAAUAAACAAUAGUCAUAGACUUUGCCCCUGUAGGUCGUGUUGGUUACACUGUGAUGAGGAAUUCAGAGCAGGAAGUUUCUGGAGGAUUGUAGAGAGAGGGAGGGACUUCUUAGUCAGGACAGUGACGUGUUGUAUAGUGCAAGUUUCACAUGACUGAAACACUUGUUGUAACACUAAGUGUAGGGCUCAAUGGAGAGGAUAUACACUGUUCAGACUGGAUUACUUUAAAACGGAUUACUAAACACGGCCAAAAACAACAUUGAAACCCAGGCAACAUCCAGUGCUGUGCUCUGACAACAACAGGUUGUUUUAAUUGACAUGCCAGAGUGCGGUUCCUGGCAGGUUAUCAUCAAGUUUAAUCCCUGUUUGACUUGAUAAACAGGGUUCUCAUGUCACCUGGAGAAAAAUAUUUGUAGAAAAAUGCUGAAGGCCCCAAAUCUUAGCGUUGCCUGACAAAAUGUUUCCUCCUGGAUGGCUCAGUUGGUGCCUUUUUCUGACCCUUUGCAUGCCGACCUGUGGUUUGGAAAUAACUGACUAUGAUGGCGACGAUGUAACUUGCACACAGGGUCUCUCUGAAUGCACCCUGUGGGAUGAGGUGCUAAUGCCAGACCCUCACGAUGCUGUCGAUGUCCAAAACCUGAGGCCAAAAUUCAAACUUUGCUGCAAGGAAUUAGCAGAAUGUACAUUAUGUCUGGUGAUAGACACAGAGCUCUACAUCCAUCCAGAUAACAAAAUAGAGAGUGAAGACCACUCUGGGAAUGAUGAGGAGGAUUACAGUAAUCCAAAAGUAUCUGUCACAAUCUGUUACCAAGCAGCGCCAACCAUGUCCCAGUGCAAGAGGGUGGAGUUUACGGUUAAUCAUGCAGCUCUUACGCAGUCAAACCUGGCACAGGUGUCCAUGGUGAUAAAUAAGCCAGCAGGAGUAUACUUCGGCAGUCAACUGUUUGUUUAUUCAUCAAAUUUGUCAAAAGAAGUUGUGGCGCCUUCUCAUGAAGAAGUGUGCUCCCAGCAACAGCAGAAACACACUGAAGAGUGUUAUGUGCCCACACUCAUCCAUGUUAUUAACUACGACAUGAAUCAAGUGGAGCUACAGUUUGCUGGAAGAAACCUGAGCUUGCACUCUGUGUGUGCCCAGUAUGAGGACAAAGGAAGAUGUCAGGUAUUGAACAGGAUGACCAUCCCACUGUACUCUGUGACGCCGUGCAUGUGUCUACAGGCAUGGCGUGAGGAUGGUCAUCAGCGCAUUAAAAGUUGCCCCUUUGCAGGUAAAUUUGAAGAGAACAUGUGGCAGAACGUGUCUCUGUCUGUGAGCAAGGGUCAAAUGAAUAAUGAAGGUACAAUGCUGUUGUGGAACCUGUCUGCCCCCUGCCGUCUGAAGGGUGAAGUGUGGCCCUGUCACUGGCCUGCAGACCUAACAAAGGAACACUGCAGUGAGAUAAAGGGUUUUAGACAACAGCUGGAAAAUAGCACAUGGAAGCAAAACACCAAGGGACUCUGGGAGAAAACAGAAGUCUUUGAAGACAUCGACCUUGAGCUCUCACCAUGUGUGAUGGUGAAAGUAGAGGGAAAUGGACCUAAGCUAGGUCCAAUAUGUUAUAAAGACACUGGCAGGUGGCGCUGGAGUCUCCUGGUUGUCGCUGUGGUGCUUCCGGCUUGCUUGACCGCACUCCUCUAUUAUUUUCUUCGUGACUUUGUCAAGAGAUGGGUGUGGAGCUGGCAUCAUAGAGGGUUUGUAGAGGUUGGCAGGAAGGGUUAUGUGGUGCUGCUGAGCCCCCCAGAUGUGGAUUAUAGUGUUUCAGAGUCUGUAUGUGAGCUCGGCACUCUGCUCUCUAACCAGGGCUUCAGUGUAUCUGUGGACCAGUGGAGCAGGAAUGAGCAGUGUGCCCUGGGGCCUCUGCCGUGGCUGCACUCCCAGCUGCCGAAGCUAAACAGUCUUGGUGGCAGAGUUGUGCUCGUAUUGACCCGCAAAGCCUUGGAGAGAGCAGAGGAAUGGACUCAUCAGCACAUAGAGGUAGACAAUGAUCUCCCUCAGGAAUUGUCCCCUUACUCUGAUGUGUUCACGGCCUCCCUGAGCCUCAUCCAAGCGGACAAUCAGCUGGGCAGGGCUGGUGAACGUUUUCUCCUGGUGAAAUUUGACUCCUUCGCUGUGCAACCUCUCAAGAGACUACCAAAGCUUCUUCAGGGGCUUCCUCUGUUCCAGUUUCCCUCCCAAACAAAGGCUCUCCUGUCUGACUUAAGUGUGGGGAGAAAAGGGAGGGGAUCAGGUAGACAGACAUGGACAGUGUAGAAAUGGGUUGCCUCUGAAGGAUGGAGACUAAAGAAGGACCAAACUAACAGAGAAGCAUUGCCCUGUAAAUAUUUUGUUGACACAAACUUGGAGACAAUGCCUUUAAAAUAUCCAAAAAUGUCACACUGAAAAAUGAUUGUUGCUCGGUGCACAUGAAGAACGUGUUCUUGCAGAUGGUGGAUAUGAUAAAGAAGAGACAAUUUAUAGAAUAACACUGGCCUUAAUCUAUAUUACUGUCAACAAAUCCCAUGACAAGACCAAAAUAAGCAAUAUGUUUUUCUGUUUCUCAAUAUUUAUGGAGGUAUCAGCACAAAACCUGCUCAUUACUACUGAACACAUUCAAUCAUUUUCUAAAGCAUCUGGGGACUGUACUCAGCCAGGAUUGAAUUGUGUCUUUGUCAAGCAGGGACUAUUAUGGGCACUCUUGAAUAUUUACAACACUAAGAUGGUGUAUGAUUCUUAAUGUAAUGAAAGAACAUAUCAACCAGUGCAACAGUGUGGCUCAUGUAUGAUGUUUUUUGGAGAACAAUGAAGUGAUAUGGCUUAAAAUAAAUAAGCUAUAUUGUGCAAUUGCCUACUUGUUGGCAUUGUAGGUUCCAUUCAUUGUUUGCUUUUCAUGGGGUUUGUUGAAUGUAAGAAAAAUGUAGAAUAUGACCAGACUGACACUUUGGGCUACAAAAUAUUUAACCUCAAGCCCUGCAAGCUAAUUAUAUCCAUGUACACUAAGGCUCUCAACACCGUCUAAAUAAAGAGACUUAUUUUUG